AUGUUAGGCCGAAUUUCUGUUGUAAAGUUGCAGGCAUUAGCCUCUGAGUUGAAGGCUGGUUUCACAGAAGCAAUGCAGGAGCUGUCACGAAUCCAGCAUGGUGAGUACGCCCUGGAGGAGAAGGUCAAGAGCUGCCGCUGUGCCAUGGAAGAGAAAGUGGCGGAGAUGAAGAAUUCCCUCAACACGUUCAAGGAGGAGCUCAGCGAUGCAAAGUCAAUGAUUGAAGAAAUCAGUGCCAAGCAGGAGGAAAUGCAACAGAAAAUUGAGCAGCUGCAGCAAGAGAAGCGACGGGAAUCACGGAAAAUGAAAGCUAAAAGAGCACAGAAGGAUGAUCAUGGGUCACAGACAGUGCCUACACCUCUCCAGGGCAGCCCAUUUCGAUCCAUUAACCUCCCAGAACCUGUGCUGAUCAAUGAAGAUUUUACAAGUCUUUUACACAAUGUGACUUAUGAAAAAGUGUCCGACACCAGGAUCAUGCCAAUGGGAGAAGGAAGUGUGAAAGUCGUAGCAGGGCCAGGAGCAGCCAUAGAGACAGAUGAUAGCCUCAAGCCUUCCUUGUCAACAGAGGGGCAGUCAAAAGUGCAUCUGCCAUCAACAGUGUGGAAGCAGCCCAAGGACACCAAGGACUGGGGAGAUGAAUACAUUUCCAAAGAGCCACCGGAGAGAGGGAAAGACAUGGGCCAAAGCAGAUACAGCUCAGCAGACAACAUUAUAUGUGAACCCUCUUUGGCUGCCAAGAGGCAGAACAUAGCUUUGGAGCUGCUGGAGUCAGAAAGGAAAUACGUCAUCAACCUUUCCCUGAUCCUGAAGAUCAAGGCCACGUUGCAAGGGCCAGAUGUGAAAAGGAGCACCAAAGAGAGAAGUUUCUUCCCCAAUUCUUUGCGCUACCUGGUCCAGCAACAUGUUGACUUACUUCACGCCCUACAAGAGCGAGUCCUGAGCUGGCCUCGACAAGGGAUCCUAGGAGACAUCUUCCUGAAGUUAACAAAUGAUGAGAAUAAUUUUCUGGACUACUAUGUUGCUUACCUGAGGGACCUACCAGAAUGCAUCUCUCUGAUCCAUGUGGUGAUCCUGAAGGAGGUAGAAGAAGAAAUCAAGUCUGAUCUCUACAUUCUAUUCUUCCAUAUAGUCCAGCGAAUUCCUGAAUACCUUAUUCAUCUACAGAAUGUCCUGAAGUUCACGGAGCAAGAGCAUCCUGACUAUUACCUGCUGCUAGUGUGUGUGCAGCGCCUCCGGGUUUUCAUCUCGCACUAUAGCCUCCUCUUCCAAUGCAAUGAAGACCUGCUUAUACAGAAGAGGAAAAAGCUGAAGAAGUCAUCCCUGGUGAAGCUGUACAAAGGUCUCACCUCCCAGUGUACAAGCCAGGAGGUUUCUCCAACACCCAGUGCGACAUCUAUCCGGGACAGCGGGAUCCACUCUGAAGAGACAAUACAGUCAUUCCCACCAGCACCUUCCUCUGGCACGACAACCCCGCAUCUGAUGCCCCAGAUGAAGAAAACUCCGCCAACUGUGAUGGAGAAUAUCCAGGCUGUAAAAUCUCCUGACUGGGAAAUGGAAAGCAGAAAACAUGAGAGGCCAGAGAACAUCCUUGCAUCCUCUCAGCUCACAGAGCAGGAACUCAAGGCUCUGACAGCCCCUUUACAAUCCAUCCCUGAAAUGGAGUACGAAGCACCACCGGCUGAUGCUGUGGGAAACACUGAGAGAGCCAUCAGGACCUCUGUGGAGCUGCUGCAGGAUGCGAGGAACUUUGUGCCAAGUUACGAAGAGUUUGACUACCCUGGGGAGGUUUUCACCAUGCCAGGUCCCUAUGAAGAUGACACCUUCCAAAACCUUGCUCUCUUUGAGAAUUGCUCCCCAGCCUCUUCUGAAUCUAGCUUAGACAUUUGCUUCCUCAGGCCCGUUAACUUCACGUCAGAACCGGAGAGGACAGAUCAUGCCUUACAGCCAUUGCCUAAGAGUUGCACUCCUGUGAGCAGCAGUACUUACAAGCGUGAGAUGUUCCACAGCAAAGGCAAGCAGCUGAGCCGAUCUCUGAAGGAGUUGCCAAGGAGUGCUGAGGGCGUGAGCACCAGACUCUACAGCACGCGGAGCAGCAGUGGGAGCCGGCUGCAGCAGAAGCAGGAGAGGAAUGUCCAGCCUCACAUGAUCUCAGCCUCAUCUCGAAGCUCCCAAAGGAGCUACUUCCCCCCACAAAGAGGAGCGGGUGAAAAACAGAGCUUUUUGGAAGAGCUCCAUGCAGAAGACAACACCAGGUUCUGCCAGAAGGAUGACAAUGAGCAAACAUCCUUCAGCGACCACAACCCACGGCACGAGCCCAAGGGGGGUUUCCGGAGCUCCUUCCGCAAGCUCUUCAAAAAGAAAUAAGCAGCCCC